CCGCGGGAGCCAGCCCCGCGCCGGCGGCAUGCCGGCCCCGUUCUAAGCAGAGCAAAGACAGAGACCGUCAGAGACCCCGAGAUCGACAGAAGUGGAAUGGACGACUUCUUGGCCGCGAGCGAGCGAGGCCGCGGUGCAGUGUAAAUACAGCAUAGGAAACGGGAGGGAGGGAGGUGGCAUCGUGUCGAGAGAAGCCGGCGUGGUGCCGGGGCGUGCCGUUGUACAUGGAGAGCCCGGUGCCGGGGCCUGGCCGGCUGGGUUGAUUCUUUUGUUCUUACUACCUUGUACUCUCAAUGCGGAUGUAGCUCUUUCUUCUCACUCCUCACUAGUAGAAUCGACCGACCGAAUACAUAUGUAGCUCUGUUCUUUCCUUCUCUUCAGUAGAAAUCAACCAAAUUUUGCUGUUA